UUAUAGGACCUCACAGAAAUGUCGUUCUCUCACUAAGAAAUCCAUCCAAGAACCCAACUGAGACCAGAAUAAAUAAGAUGAGAUCAUCUUAUUGUUGCCUGAUACGGUAACCGUUAUCGAUAAGCGCAUCACGUGCACAUCCCCAUGAUUAUCUGGCCGCAAUGCAUCACCCGCACGUGGAGAUGGAAAUACCAACAACAUCGCCAAUUUCUUUAGCAAUGCCUGGGGAUGAAGGCGAAUUUCCUCUUUUGACCGAACAAAAUGACUACUCCAGUCCUUACUCCCCCCCUUUAGUCCCACUUUCUCCCAUCGGACAACACGACCAAACCGCUCACUCGCUCCUACCUAGCGCAUCCCCGACUUCUCCUAUAAAUGGUCACAAACGCCAUUCCUCCAUGUCGCAACCCGUUUCAGAAGGACAACGUCGCACUCCCCGCACUACGAACCGUGUCAGAUUUGACAUUGAAGACGGAGCGGGAGAUGAGCGCCACUCGGGUAGCCCUGAGCGCAUCUCAGGGGAAUCCGCCUCGUCGUGGUUGGAGGAGGAGGAUUAUACCCGCGCGACGAAUCAGCCAGGCAUAAGUGGCUCUGGGCAGAUGGUACCGCUUCUCACGGACAUAGAAGCACCGAGCGUGGCCCUUGCUACCUCGGAGGACUUCUUCCCUGAGGAGCACCUUGAAAGUGCCAGGCCGCGGAGUGGAAUGCGGAUGGCCUUUAUGAACAUGGCCAAUAGUAUCAUAGGCGCGGGGAUUAUCGGGCAGCCCUACGCCCUCAGACAAGCGGGUAUGCUGGCGGGUAUGGUCAUGCUGGUGGCUUUGACGGUGGUCGUGGACUGGACGAUCCGAUUGAUCGUGGUAAACUCGAAGUUGAGCGGCGCGGAUUCGUUCCAGGCUACAAUGCAGCACUGCUUUGGGAGAAAGGGGCUGAUUGCCAUCUCAAUUGCCCAGUGGGCCUUUGCGUUUGGCGGCAUGAUUGCUUUCUGUAUUAUCGUGGGCGACACGAUCCCGCCUGUCCUAAGUGCCUUAUUUCCGUCGCUUCAGGAGACGUCUUUCCUCUGGCUGCUCACCAGUAGACGAGCCAUUAUUGUUCUCCUUAUUAUGAGUAUUUCAUACCCGCUGUCUCUGUAUCGAGAUAUAGCCAAGUUGGCAAAGGCGUCGACAUUGGCGUUGGUAAGCAUGUUGAUCAUAUUAGUGGCUGUUAUUACCCAGGGAUUCCGUGCGCCCUCGGAAUCUCGAGGAGACGUGAAGGACUAUCUCUUCGUCAACUCUGGUUUCUUCCAAGCCGUGGGUGUGAUAUCUUUUGCCUUCGUUUGUCACCAUAAUAGUCUGUUGAUCUACGGCUCACUCAAGAAACCAACAUUGGAUCGAUUUGCAAGGGUGACCCACUAUUCCACUGCAGUCUCUCUCCUCAUGUGUCUAGUGAUGGGUAUCUCGGGUUUCAUGUUCUUUGGCUCCAAGACCCAGGGCAACGUUCUCAACAACUUUCCUCAUGAUAAUAUCAUGGUCAACAUAGCUCGACUUUGCUUUGGUUUGAACAUGCUUACUACCAUGCCCUUGGAAGCGUUUGUCUGCCGUUCGGUCAUGACCACUUACUACUUCCCCGACGAACCUUUCAACAUGAACAGACACUUGAUUUUUACGACCGCUUUGGUCGGCGCGGCAAUGGCACUGUCCUUGCUCACAUGUGAUGUCGGAGUCGUACUCGAGCUGGCUGGCGCGACAAGCGCUGCUUCAUUAGCUUACGUUUUCCCUCCAUUGUGCUAUAUCAAACUGAGUAAAGCCAGUCGACGGUCGAAGAUCCCAGCCUAUCUGUGUGUUGGGUUCGGGAUCGUUGUCAUCGGAGUUAGCUUGGUGCAAGCAUUUUUCAUGAUCAUUGAUGGCAGUGAUUCUGGUAGCUGCAGCUCCUGACCAUUCCAUAAAUUGUCCAUAUGCGCC